AUGUCUCCCCCUCAGCACCUGCACAGCUCCUUGUCGCGAGCCGUCCGGGCGUACAAGAGAGAGACCGACUACUUCCUCGAGUGGCUCUGGUGUCAGUGUCGCAUCGUUGAUCCCGGUCGAACAACCGGGAUUUCCUUCACGUCAUGCGCAGAGAUUCUCAACGCGGUGAAGGCUAUCGCCAAGGCCGAAGUUGCUGUCCCUCUUUCGGUCAUUGAUGCUCUGGAAAACGCCAUCGAUAAGCGACGCAUCGCGCUCGCGAUUCACCAGCAAAAGCAAGCUGAUGACAUUGAGCACGAAGCAUUCCUCGAGAAACUCGAAACCGCUUUAGAAACCUUAACCACUCUGGAGGCUGAAGCCGCCGUGUUUGACGAUCCCAGAGUCCAACAAAAUGUUCCUUCGUCACUGAACCGAUACGCGUCUCUGUCCAACCCUGUGAUGGAUGCCGAGACGAAUGCUCCCAUCUCCAAUAUCUGCGAGAAGAUGGCGUCGGCGGCACUCGAAGAGAGUGUUCCCAAAGCAACAGCCCCUGAGUCCCGCAGCGAGUUCCUUGUGGAUGACGACUUUCUGCAAAAGUUUCUCGGCGUACGGUUCGAGGACCUCGAGUAUCUGAAGGAAUACGUUGCUAUGAGAUGGACACUUGAUGAGUACUGGAAAGAAGUAGCUGAGGGAAGGCUUCCCCUCCCUGUGGCCGCUUGGCUCACAAGCGAGGCUAUGCGAAAGAUCGAGAUCACCAUCCCUUCAAAGUUGGAGCUGGGAAAGACGGCAGGAUUCGUAGUUCGGUUUGGGGUCUCGACAGAGAUUUUUGGUCUCGUCCCAGAGGAACAAAAGACCGACAAGCCUUGGUGGAAGGAAUGCGCGUUCCUUUUCGAAUAUGAGAAGGCGCUGAACGCGCUCAGACAUUGUAAUGAGGCCACCAACGAAGCCGCCGACUCGACUUUCAAGCCUGGCAAGGUACAGGGUGACGCCGACACAGUUUCCAACGUCGUUUCCCAGUUGUUUCAAGAUAUGCAAAGAGCUAGGGGAAGUAAACGCGCAAUCAACGCCGUCGAGGAUAUCAUGUUCUUCGUGGAGCCUCGUAACGGAUCGUGCGAACCAUUCUACCAAGCCGCCUCUGAGUUCACCAAAGGAGAAGCAACUACGGCACCCGGCACACUCGUCCUGGGAUUAGAUCUUUUCUUGUCCGCAUCCGGAGCUUUCUUCUGGCCAAACGGAACGGAGCGCAACAAGGAUAACUGUCGUCUGCGGGCCCUGCGCUUGGCCAUAGAUAUGAAGGCAAGCGCCAAGAAGGUCGCUGACAUCUUCCAGAAGUUGCCGAUCUGUCUCAGUGGGGAGAGGCAGUGGUUUGAGAUGGUCUCUUACUUCACGAACGGGAUCGACACCUACAUUCGCGAGCGAGUCUUUGACGACUACCACUCAGCUCCGUGGACGGCUGGAUGCCAUAUGACAGAGAUGCUCUACCAGGCUCAGUAUCUGGGAAACCUCCUUCUUCAGCAUCAGACAGUCAUUCCAAGCACGCUUCACCUCUACAACGCCCUUCGCCAGUCCCCAGUCAACUUUCCUCGCAUUCGCAUCAUGGAUGAGCUCUGCGAGAUGUUCCUUGACAGCGUCUUCCUCGGAAAGUUGCCUACGAACAACUUUCUCACAUGGUAUCGUUACUGCAUCUACAACGCCAAGCGCGCCAAAACCAGCAACUGGCCGCACUACGGAAACUCUGGUCUCAGCAUUGACCAUAGCAAGAAGCCCCGCACACUUUGGGUCAACUCGGGCUUCAAAUGGCAGCAUGGCAACAACCACACUCCCCACGUCGAGUUCAUUGGACCGUUGUACGGCGUCCCGCCCCCUUCCAACGUACCCACUCCCGCAGCAUUGAUGACAGAGCUAAGCGACAUGUACUAUGAAAUCGACGACAUCGAGCACAUUCAGCUUGCCAAGGAGGCUGUCCUGAAGGAUUUCGAGGGUCCACGGGCUGUUAUGGCAGUCGACUACUUCUCCCUGUUCAGGUUCUGUGCAGACAUCAUGUCGACCUUUGCCGAGUCCGCCAAGCGCGAAAUGUUCGUGCUCCUGCCAGAGCUUGCGGAGAUGAACUGGGAGAGUGACCUUGAGCUCGCUCGCCAUUUUGUCGACGCUGCGAUUGGCAGCCUCGUCAGAAUGACUGAUCAGAAAGAGCUGAACAGUGUGCACCGGACGCCCAGAGCGGUUCAUGAGGUAGCAGCGUUCAGCAAGAUCGACAAGGAGAUGUCUUUGGACAGCAUGAAGUGGAAGUUGUGA